UCUAAUUCUGUCAUGUACCACACUUCUAAAAUCCUGAAGUUUUUCCCCUAGGAUUUGAUUGCAUUGCAUCACAUAACAGGGAAUAUAACCUGUUCCUGUUAAUCAGUUUUAUCGUGUUCCAUCAAGGGAUUGUGUUAAUAUCAUUAUUAUUUGGUCCUUGAGUUGUUUUUCUUUUUUAUUACUUUUCUGUGGAGAAAACUCAUCAUUAUAUUCUAUUUUAUUACUUUGUUCUUUUUGAAAUUUCCUGUGAAUUUUUCUGAAUGAGUUUUAUUAUGUAAUGAUCGAACAGAUAAGAAGCUUUCCCUCCAAGGAGUUUUAUGGAGACUUAUUGCAAGAUGGGGAUGAGGUGAAAUCACGGACAAUACGGGCAUGGCAUGAUUACCGCUGCUUUGGCCCCUUCUGCUUCUUUGAUAUACACGAGGGAAAAGAGGCUCAACCAUCUGGGAGUGGUUCAUGGAUAAAUAUUGAGGAAGUUGACUUUGUUCUAUUCUUGUAUCAAAAACUGAUUUCACUCUAUCCGGCACUCAAAUCUGGUAACCAAGUUGCAAUUAUAACACCCUAUAGUCAACAAGUCAAGCUCUUCCAAAAACGUUUUGAGGAGAUUUUUGGAAUGUCAGCUGAGAAAGUAGUGGAUAUAUGUACUGUUGAUGGUUGCCAGGGACGGGAAAAGGACAUUGCAAUAUUUUCAUGUGUCAGGGCAAGCAAAGAUAAAGCCAUAGGUUUUGUAGGAGACAUCCGACGGAUGAAUGUUGGGAUCACUAGAGCAAAGUCAGCAGUAUUGGUGGUUGGAUCUGCCUCAACAUUAAGGAGGAGUAAACAAUGGAACAAGCUAGUGGAAAGUGCAGAGAAAAGGGACUGUUUAUUCAAAGUUUCUCAACCAUAUUCAUCAUUCUUCAGUGAUGACAGUCUAGCCUCCAUGCAAAAAAAGGUGGUCGAACCAUCUCAGUUGAUUGGACCCACUGGUACAGUGGAUAAUGACGUGCAGCCUAACACUGCUGCAACCUUUGAUGAUCAAGCACAAGCUGAGGACAACGACGAUCGCGACGUGGACAUGAAUGAUGCGGGCUUUGAUGAGGAUUAGGGUUAUUAUUAUAUGCAAGUAAAAUGCAGUUUUUUAUUAGGCCUGUUUUUCGAACUUAGUCUCUGUUUUACCAUUAAAUGAAAUUUUGUAUGCUUUAUUUCCACAUGAUGACAAGUUUGAGGAUGAAGGCAAUUUU